AUGGCUGCGGAAAGAGAUGCGAAGCCUCCGUUCACUUUCAGGCAUCUGAGCAAUAAGAAGAUCAACUUCCUGCAUGAUAGAAAAAUCAGCGAUCUGUUUAUGAAAUGGUCAAUGCAUGGUAGGAUCAUGGUCCAAGCUUUCAGUUUUGAUGAAUACUUUCAGCCUUAUGAUAAAGACAAAUUUGUACAAGCAUUUUUCAAGGAUCCCAGUGUUGUGACCAAUCUUAAAAUGGUCUCACCUUUAACUUGUGAAUGGACAACUCUAGUAGGAGUGGAAGUUAAGAAAAUAGAAGCAGAGGAAAUUCCUUGCAAGCAAGUUUCAAUGUCAUUCUUUGACUGUUUGUACAGUAAUGACAUUGUUCGAGAAACAGGGCACAUUAAUAAAUGUUUGGAUGAAUUCUAUGGGGACUUUGUUGUCGCUGAUCAGCUUCGACAGGUAUUACUGCUGGAAGAUUCUGACAAUUAUCAAAUAUUCAGUGAUACAGAACGUAAGGAAUUUAUCUUCUGCCUCUUCAAACAUUUCUGCUUGGGUGGAAUGCUCUGUCAAUUUGAAGAUAUGCUUGAUCCUUACCUAGAAACCACCAAGGCAGUUUACAAGGAAAUAGUCAGUGUACAGAAAGAUCCUGAUACAAAAGGUAUACGUGUCAUCUCAACAGUGUUCAAGGUUACAGCCAGUGAUGAUCAUGGCACAUGUUAUCCUUCCACCAAGGAGCAUGAACAGACUUUUGCCUAUCUGAUUGUGGAUCCCAUAAAGCGUCAUGUGCAUGUGCUAUACCACUGCUUUGGAGGAGGAUUAUUCUGCAAUUAAUGCUUACAAACAAUCACUGUAUUCUUGCUGAAAUACG